AUGGCGGGUACGGGUACCCCGGGUACAGCUCGCGUUCUGACUGGGACCUGCCUUCUGUUCAUGGCAGUGGUAGCAGGAUCUGAGGUGUCCGGGCACCGUAACACCAACUAUGAACCCAGCGGCUCGGAGGACAGGUCCGGCCGCUGUGACUGUGCCGGUGUCAUGGCGCCCUCUCCUGCCGCCUGUUCAGACGACACCAAGUACCAGCUGAUAACACACCUACAGCACGACGUGGGCAACCUCACCUGUCUCGUACAGGACGUGGCUGAUAAGACGUCCAGUGCUGUUGACAUCCAGUCGGUGAUUUCUGACAUCCACAAUCUGACCGCUAAGCUGGCUGUGCUGGAGACUAACAGAGAACUACUCCUGACCGGGUUCUUCAACGACAUCAGGAACGACAUUCUGGGUCUGGCUGCGUUACUGGCACAGUUACACCAGGACAGCGCGGACGCCAUGUUGGUUCAGGUGUACCACCAGCAGCUGACAGGCCUGGCGAACAUCCUGCAGCAGCUGCAGGGUGAGCAGAGCAACGUGGCGCAGCUGCAGAUGCAGGUGGACCAGCUGACACAAGACCUGCAGACGUGCAACAAGUCACUGUACGCACCAGAUGUUACCGACACCUGGCAGCCGUACGACUUCUCGUAUGACGACAGCUGCACCACCUGCCACGGUGAUCGAUACGUCAAGUCCACUGGCUACACCUUCGAGGGCAAACCGCUCGUGGUCGGCGCCGUCCUGUGUUCGCCCACGCGCUACAAGAUCCUCCUGAGCGACGACCUGACCGGGACGUUCCGUAACAUCGCAGACGGCAGCGGGAGCGGGCAGGAUCACUGCGAACUGGCGGGCGCGGCGGAGGAUGCGACCGUCAGGGUUGACGGCUUCUUCGGGAGUUGCUACGGGGAAGGUUUCCGGCGGUCAGAUCGAGGUGAGAGUUUCACGUACGGUCCUAUCGGAGCUGGGCGCAGCGCCUACUUCUAUGGGAAAUGGUACGAAUGCGGCGUGACUAUUCCGUGAUCAGAAAUGGAAAGGCCAACAUGGCCUCAAAUUUAUGGAAAGAACUUACAUUAAACAUUUGUUUGUUCAA